AUGGACCCGCUCUACAACAGCACGGGUGCGCCUGUUUGGACCACCAGCCCCCCCAAUGACACCAAUGGGACAGAGUACUGGAACCAGUUCGUACAGCCGGCGUGGAGGAUCGUGCUCUGGGCCAUCGCGUACAGCUGUAUUGUCAUAGUCUCCGUGGUCGGUAACGUGACGGUGAUUUGGAUUAUUAUGGCACACAAGCGAAUGAGAACUGUCACCAAUUAUUUCCUGCUGAAUUUGGCCUUUGCCGAAGCCUCCAUGUCCGCUUUCAACACUGUUAUUAACUUUACUUACGCGGUGCACAACGAGUGGUACUUCGGGCUGGUGUACUGCCGCUUCCACAACUUCUUUCCAAUCGCCGCGGUCUUCGCCAGCAUCUACUCCAUGACAGCCAUCGCGCUGGACAGGUAA